AGUAGUGAAGAAGUGUUGUGAUGUUUGAUAGCAGUUUGAAAAAACGGUUUUAUUUCUUUUUGCAACAAAAAUUAUAGACACAAGUUUGCAGAGAAAUCAGAACAAUGAGCGAAGUAGAAGAUAUGUUGAGUGACAUAAAAAGGUGUUGGCCUGAACUCGUUAUUUCAAAAGAAAAUUUAUUACAACCUACACCAGAGGUAGUUUUUCAAUUUUAUAGUAAUUUCAUAAAUGACUAUAAUGAAAAGAUUGCACAAUUAACAAGAAGUCCUCCGAUUUUUAACUUUAAUUCUGCAGAUUAUGAACAGGAGGAACUGCUGGUUCUGGAAUUAUCAAAACUUCUGGGAAAAAUUAGUGGCCUAAAGUUAACAAUAGCAGAUAUCUAUGAGCCAAAACCUAGAAGUACUAGAAGCUUUUUUAAAGUAUGUAUACAUUUCAUAAGAUACUUAGAAUGUCAGCUGACUGAAGCAGAAACAUUGGGAAAUGAAGUUUAUACAACCCAAGAAAAUACAACAAAACUUUUAUUGGAGCAGCACGAGCUAAUAGAUGAAAUUAAUGAGAUUGCAAAAAACAAAGCAGAAUUAAGUGAAAAUAAAAAUUUACUUGAGCAAGAGCUUAAAUCUACUAAAACCGCUUAUGAAAAAAUGAAGAUGUUGAAAGCCACAAAAGAAAAAUUGUAUGCUGAAAAGAGAAAGCAAAUAGAAAAUCUUAAGCGGGAAUUACAAAAUGAAGAGUACGAGUUAAAAUGUCUUGAAGAUGAGGAAAAUAAUCUCUUAAAGCAACUAGUAACUGAGAGAGAAUAUCAGAAUAUCCAGAAGACUAUUGAAACACUGAAGAGCGAGUUGGAAAUGUUAUAUAAUAACAAUAUUAACAUUGAUGAUGGUUUGGUAGAGGAAAAUAAAGUAUUACAACAUAAUGCAGACUGCAUCAGGAUGCUCAAUAAAUGUGAAUUUGAUGUGAAGAUCGUAGAAAAACUAAUUCACAAAGAAGACGAAUUUAAAGUUAUAUCUAAUACUGCAGAUAAAUUAACAGCUAUUAAAUUAAAUCCUGCGAAACAACAGAAAUUUGAAAACGAGCAGAAAUUAGCAUCAUUAAAAGAAAAAUUGAUAAAUCUGCAAAGUGAACAUAAAGUUCUUAAACACAGUUAUACCACUACUAUAGCCCAGUUUUCUCAAGAACUUAGUGACAUGAAAAAUAGCCGUCAGAAUGAAUCUAACAGAAACUGCAAAAUUAUUGCAGAUUAUGAAAGAGAUAUUGGAAAACUGGAGGAAGAUUUCGAGAAAAUGAAGAAGACUUUUACCAUUGAAUACAUAAAAGUAUCUAAAAUAGAGAAGGUAGUAAUAGAUAAAUUUAAAGAGGUAUUAGUGAAAUUCAAGGAUAUGGAAUGAUUUUUUUGCAGAAUCUUACUGUAUAAUAUGAAUUGAGUGCAUAUUUUGUUUUUUCCUUAAUAAAAAAUUAUUGUUUGUU